CGUCUCCUGAAGAACAACAACAAAACAUCUUUCAUUGAGCUCCGCCACUGAAUCGCUCAUCCUUCGCUUCUUCGAAUUCCAAAGGUAGAACCGUAGAAGAAAUCAUGGAUCCAGCUGAAAUGAGAUAUUUGGAAGAAGAAGAUGGUCCGUUGAUGAAGACAAUCAAAGGUAGUAUCACUGGUUUUGGUGCUGGGACGAUUUACGGAACCAUUUUGGCAAUAUGGAAAGAUGUUCCAAGGGUGGAGAGAAAUGUGGCUCUUCCAGGACUUAUUAGAACACUGAAGAUGAUGGGAACCCACGGGCUGACUUUCGCUGCCAUCGGAGGCGUUUACAUCGGUGUUGAACAGCUGGUUCAGAAUUUCAGAUCCAAGAGAGAUUUUUACAAUGGUGCUAUUGGUGGUUUUGUGGCUGGAGCUUCUGUGCUUGGCUAUAGAGCAAGGAGCAUCCCGACAGCGAUAGCUGCAGGUGCAACACUAGCUGUUACCUCUGCUUUGAUUGAUUCUGGAGGUCAGACCACAAGAGUAGACACUGGCAGGGAAUACUAUCCUUACACCGUCGAGAAAAGAGCUGAAGCCGAUUCCUGAUUUCUCCUUUAGUGCCUGGAAUUAAUAAGAUGUGCAUUUGCUGAUCCCGGGCUUUUGAGAUAAUCUCUCUGCCAUGUCCUCUCUUUUUUUGUUUAUUGUAUCUGGAUCGAUAUGUGAAAUCAUGAAACUCUUUGCUCUUGUUUCCUCCUGUUUGCUGGAGAGCGACUUUCUCACAUCUUUUGUCUGAAUGUUUCCUACAAUAAAAAUCAACUUUGUCU